GUCCCGGCAUUGCGCAGUGGAUAUGGAUGUGGACGCCUCGUGCGCUCUGAUCUUUGGCGCGGAGAGGCUGCACUCAGCGGCGCGCAAGGUGGCCAAAUGAAUCACCGCCCUCCCGGCUCCUCCAGCGUGCAAUGGCUUAACAGGAGAGACAUGAGUGUCCGAACGGAGGACAUCAGCUUGUGCCAAAGGGCCCUUCAGAUCGUUACGGAGCUCUGUCUAGCGGGGCAUGUAGAUGGGGAGAAAUGCUCGGCUAUAUUUCCCUUGGAGAGCAACAUACCAGACAUCUCUAUCAGUCUCCUUGCUGUGGUCGUGGGUUUCUGUGGACUCGCCCUGUUGGUAGUCUCUCUCUUUGUCUUUUGGAAGCUGUGCUGGCCCAUCUGGAGGAGCAAGGCCCUAUCGUCCCACGUCGACAAUGGCCCCCGGGUGGGGCUCCCCGAGGCACCUCCGCCGCCCCCCCAGCCCGUCACACCCCUCCAAAAGGUGGCACCAAUGGAGGAGGAGAAGAAGCCUGUGCCAGUGGUGAAGGUGAACGGGCGUUGCAGCUCCGUGAAGCUGCUAGAGGCAGCCAUGAAGAUCAGCCAGACAUCCCCGGACAUCCCGGCCGAGGUGCAGACGGCUCUCAGGGAGAGGCUGGGCCAGCAGGCCAAGAUUCAGAGGCAGACCACCGACCCCACCUCGUCCUCCAGGCACAAUUCAUUCCGCCGCCAUCUGCCUCGCCAGAUGAACGUGACAAGUGUGGACUUCAGCAUGGACACGCUCCCCAUCCGCCAGUCGUCCACCGUUAGCAUCGGCCGCAUCAAGCCCGAGCUCUACAAGCAGAAGUCUGUGGACUCCGAGGACGGGACCCAGGAGCCGGUGGAGACGUGCGGUAAGCUGAGCUUCUCCCUGCUCUACGACUACGAGGAACAGGCGCUGGUGGUCACGAUCCUCAAGGCCCUGGAACUGCCGGCCAAGGACUUCACUGGCACCUCCGACCCUUACGUCAAGAUCUACCUGCUGCCAGAGAGGCAGAAGAAGUUCCAGACGCGUGUCCACCGCAAGACGCUCAACCCCACGUUCGACGAGGCCUUCUGCUUCCCGGUGGAGUACGACCAGCUGUGCAACCGCAAACUGCACUUCAGUGUCUACGACUUUGACCGCUUCACCAGCCAUGACAUGAUUGGUGAGGUGGUGGUGGACAACCUCUUUGAGCUCUCCGACCUCUCGAGGGAAGCAGUGGUGUGGAAGGACAUUCACGCUGCGACCACGGAGAGUGUGGAUCUAGGGGAGAUCAUGUACUCUCUAUGCUACCUGCCCACAGCAGGACGGAUGACCCUGACCGUCAUCAAGUGCCGGAACCUCAAAGCCAUGGACGUCACUGGCUCCUCAGAUCCCUAUGUAAAGGUUUCCCUGCUCUGUGACGGACGGAGGCUGAAGAAGCGGAAAACCACCACCAAGAAAAGCACACUGAACCCGGUGUACAAUGAGGCCAUCAUCUUUGACAUCCCCCCAGAGAACGUGGAACAGGUCAGCCUGUCCAUCAUGGUGAUGGACUAUGAUCGGGUGGGCCACAACGAGGUGAUAGGUGUGUGUCGGACGGGGCCAGAUGCUGAAGGCCUGGGGAGGUACCACUGGAACGAGAUGCUGGCCUACCCACGCAAACCCAUUACUCACUGGCAUGCCCUGGGAGAGGUAGAGGACUGUUCGUUUUUUUCCCUCAAAUGGCCAGGAAGAGCGACAAGCUUUGAGAGCCAGGGGUCUUGUCCUUCCCCCAAACCUCCACAAACUCCAUAGGAAACACGAAUGGAACCAUAUGACCUGAUAGCAGAUUAACAAGAUGUGUACAGCUCUAGUAACCACAAUUAUGUCAGUUAAAGACAGAAAUGUCCUGUGCCAAGGUUCGAUUCAUUCAGAUGACAGCAUUAUAGGUUGAGUUUAAUCGUAUAGGCCUAUUGCAUUAAUCAUCAUCAAUCAGGACUCUACAUUACAGAGUUAUGACACAAACAACAUUGGCAAUGAAUUUGUCUUGCAGGAAGGGUUAGCCUACUUUUCAGUUAAAGGCCCAGUGCAGUCAAAAUUAGAUUUUUUUCCCUGUGUUUUGUAUCAUUGUACAACAGCUGAUGAAACUAACACUGUAAAAGUGUGAUCAAAAUUCCUGAGAGUUGCUGGUUGAAAAUACAAUACAUUUGGUUAGAACCAAUGACAAAGAGAGUCCCAAACCUCUCUGCCAAUAACAGAUAGUUUUCAGUUUUCCCCUCCCCACUCAGACCACUCCCAGACAGUCCUCGCAAAAUUAUUGCUUGAGAAAUAGUAUUUAUCUAAAAAGCCAUUUUAAUCAAUUUUAAUGGAAAUCUAUUACAGUAAGGUACUUAUUUGUUUCCCAGAAAUGAUUUGAUAUUGAUAUAAAAAUGACUGCAUUGGGCCUUUAAAAACAUUCUACAUUAUGGCCUGAUUUUGAAAUGCGGUUAUGGACCACACAUGAGAAUGCCUUGUUUGUGGAAUCACGACAUUUUACAUUUAAUGUGAAUUUACAAAUUUCCAAAGUUUGUCUUGAAUAGUGUUAUUCAUGAUGAAUUCUCUAAUUUGUUUCAUUGCUUCAGUAACCUUUAUCACAUACCAUUUACUGUAUUAUAUUGCUUGACUGGAGUGGAAAAUUCAUCUUGGUUCGUACUAUGGCAUUAAUCAACCAAUGGUGUACUCCUCAGAGUAAACAGUUGAAUUAUCAGAAUUCUGUUUUCUGUCCUGUGCAAGCUAUACAGUAUAGAGCUGUGAAAAGAAUUGAUUUUACCUCAAGAAUAUUAUUUCCAUUGUACAUUGUGAGAGGCACUUGGGUCCGAAAGGCAUCAUAUCAGAUAAUAGCUUUGCAAAAUGGAGAUUUCAUCCUCCUCACAUUCCAAUGGCAUUGUAUUUGCUUCCUGAAUAGCAAGUUAUUACCACAAUACUACCAGUGGGCAAUAAGAGAACUAAACGUUGAACUAAACCUUGUAACAUACUUCAACACUUUUUGGUUGAUACAUUUGCCCAAGGCAUUCUGCUCCUCUCACAGUUAUUUGGUGAGUUUUCAAAUCACCAUUUUCAUUUGGGAUGAUGUGAUACUAAAGGGCUAGGCUUGAUUCUAAGACCACAUAUCAACAUAGACAUACAGUAGACAAGCCAGUCAGCUGUGCCCUGGGCGUAGCCACAGGGAACACAGAUAACCUAUCAACUCAAAGGGCUGGGUGAAUGUCCAAUCCCAGAGCAUACAGUAAUUUGCCAGUGGCACAUCACUAAUGAAUGCCAAUUGAUCCCAUUUAUUGAAAGAACAUGGUGCAUAUCUCGCCAUUUAACAAGUGGGUUGCAGAUGCACUUAUCAUAGGGUCAACAAGAGUGCAAUAUGUGGUGAGCAGCAGUAUUCUCUCGUGGAUAGACUACAUAACAUAAAUGGUACCAUAAAUCUGUUCGGGGCUAUGGGAUGUGUCGACUAACAAGCAGAGUAGUUUAGGUACUUGGGUUUCUCAUCACUGGUCAUUUGGAUGUAUCAGGAUUGGGCAAAGAUGGUGAGAGUUUCCGUUUACGAGGGUGUAGACUUCGCAAGUCGCGUUAGAAAUUGUAAUAACACGUCUCCCCCAAGAACUUAAUCUGGAUUAAUUGAGAUUAGAGCAACAGUAGCCACACAAUGUAGCAUAGUGUUUUCAACUCUCUUGUGAGAGAUGGAAGUGAGACAAGCAUUGAAGCAACAAACUGUUGAAAAGUACAGUGCCUUCAGAAUGUAUUCACACCCCUUGAUUUGUUUCUACAUUUUGUUGUGUUACAAAGUAGAAUUAAGAUGGAUUUAAUUGUCAUUUUUUGCUAACGAUCUUAACAAAAUACUCUGUCAAAGUAGAAGAAAAAUGAUAAGAUUUGUAAAAAAAGAAAUGUAAAACACUAACAUCUUGAUUAGAUAAGUAUUUAACCACCUAAAUCAAUACAUGUUAGAAUCACCUUUGGCAGCAAUUUACAGCUGUGAGUCUUUCUGGGUAAGUCUCUAUGGGCCCGAUUCCGACUUAGAAAAUUAUGUCUUUCUUACACACAGCUUUCCUAUGCACAUCUCAGUAGUUAGUAUUCAGACUUACCUUAUGAAGGUGCGUAAUCGGCUUUGCAGGCAUGGUUCCCUUGCGCAUGCUGAAUACAUUUAAUUUGACUGCUGAAAACCCUCCUACUUGCUGGCCAACAGAUUUUUGCGUGGAGUUUUCAUUCAAGCCUGUAUCUUUGUAUUGAUUGGGUGUAAAUUUGCAAGAAUGUCUAAUGUUUUCACUCAGGCUGUAACACAACAAAAUGUGGAAUUAGUCAAAGGGUAUAAAUACUUUCUGAAGGCACUGUAUAAACAAAAAGUUUUCUUAUUUAUUGAUACACAUUUUAAUUGCAAAAAUGUUCCCACAGCUGCUACAUUAAAGAUUAGAAGCAUUUAAAUCUCACUCAACGUAAUUUGCUUCCUUCAGAACUCAAUACACUCAGAAAAGCAUGUCUGACCUCAAGUCACUUCUUAAGAACAUUUCAGUGUCCAAGGACAUUUUUCUCUGAGACUUUGCCCAACAUUUUAUCUGUUACUGGAAUGGAUAGAGAUCUUUAUAAGAUUGCUGAAAUGCAUUCUACUAAUUAAUCCGGAAAAGUAAAACCAUGCAAAUGAGCUCAAACUCAUUUGUGAUGGGUUUGAAGCAAGGUAAUUUAUUUUUUUAAGCUAAUGGCUUUCCUUUUUUCUUAAAAAUAUAAUCUUUGAUGUGUAUUUCACAUGUGCCAAAUAUGAUUUCAAAUAGCAAAAAAAAAAAAAAGAUUAUUAAAAUUGUCUCUGACAAAUUAAUAUGUAUAUUUCGAAGAGUAAUUUGUUCUAGUUGUGGAGACAAAAAAGGUGUUUCCUUUGUUCCGUAACAAACUUCCAUCAAUCACUAUAAGGUUAUAUCUGCAAAAAGAUGAUUCUGAGAAUUGGUUUUAAAGUUCUGAACCCUCAUUGGUUUGAAUGGUAUCAGCAAUUUUGAUCUUGAAUUCUUUUGAACUUAACAACAUGAAUUGGGGUAUUUCGAGUACUAUAUAGGAAUUGAACAGAACAAGGCUAUGUCAAUAACUACAUUUUUACUAAAAUGCAGAUAGAACCUUAUAGUCCGAAGCUCUCGAUUUGUUUAAUUUGAGUACAUUUUUCUUUACAAGCAGUCCAUUGUAAAUGCAUAUGGCCUAGCCCCAGAUUCCAAUUGUAAUUGUGUCUUCUGCAAUCACUUUAUGUAAAGCCUUAUGAUAUAAAGCCUUAUGAUAUUGAGUUUAGUACUCAAUCUGAAAACAUUACUAGAAUGAAUUUCAGUUGCACAUGUGAGUAAUAAUAUGAAAUAGUGACGGGCAUAUCUGAGUCUUUUCAGUGAGCCGAAACUCUUGGCUCCAUUCACAUUGAAGAAUGUUCAUUUGGCUCCUAAAUGGCUCUUCAUUCAGUAGUGCUUAAAAAUGUAUGAAAAAUAUGUUUACAAAUCUAAUGUAAAGGCUAGAAAGUUGCAUACUGUUUUCUCAGAUUGUGAAAUGUGAGUAAAAAAAAAUAAUUUCUAACAAAAUUAAAUUUAGAAUUGAGCGUGGACCAGAAUAAGGCUUUGUCCUCACAACCUAUUUGUUACUGCAGAUAAUCAUAGUUUACAGCUCAUAAAGCAGCAGUAGCAGUAUACAAUCAGGGAGGCAAAUGAAUGGCUCUUUCACAAAUGCGAUUCAGGUUCCUGACGUUCACCAAAAAGAGCCGCUAGUUCGCGAACGACCUAUCUCUAAUAUAAACAUAGAAAAUACUAAGGCUGUGUACUGUUAACUUUAUGUUGCACAUUAAAAUAAUAAUGCUUCUGUUCCCAGGCUGGCCCCAAUAUAAAAACCAUAAGUAUUUGUACUUGUAGCAUGCGAGUCAAUAUAUUCAAGUAGUAUAAGAAUAUCAAAGAUUAAAGUUUCAUGAAUAUAUUAUAUAAAAUAGUAUUUUAUAUUGCUAAUAUUUUACGUUUACAUUUGUACAUAGACCUCACAAUGCGAAUACUUGUAUAUAUCUAAAGUUUACUUCUAAGAACAUUUGUUGUUGAAAACAUGUUAAAAUUAAAAUGUUACUGUGUAUUUAUAUGGAUCGUUUGGUGAUCAUUUGUACAGCUCAAGCUUGUGUUUUUGGGUGACUUUAUACACAUUCCGUAUCAAUUGUGGAAUGAUUUCUCAUAUUGUAAGCAUAUCUAAGGCAACCCACUACUUUUUCGGGACACUCCAUGCUUAGGAAUUUAGCGCUUUUUAGCUGAGAUUGUGUGCAUAAUGCUAACAUCAAUAGUAUAUUAAACAACAACAGCAAUUGCAACUAUUUGUCAUGAAAUGUACAGUUUGUGAUAACUUUUGUAACAAUUUGCAGUAAACAUUUGAAAUAUAAUUUUACUUUACUGUUUCAUAUGUAUUUUAAAUAAAUAAACAAAGAACACAUCAUAAUCUUA